AUGUUCGAGACUGAGGAUUAUCACCCUAAGCGACAUGGAGAUCCUCCGUCAAAUGGCCACGCUAAAAAACAAAAGUGUGAUGAUAUAUCCAUGGAUGAUGUGGAUUCAGUGUUGGGAUCUGAGCUAGGAGACUUUGUAAAGCAAGAUCAUUCGAGAUGGCAGCAUAUCGUGGAAAAAGUUGUCAAAUCUGUGGUUUCGAUCCACUUUGCUCAAGUGGUGAACUUUGAUACGGAGAGCGCUCUUUGCAGUGAGGCUACGGGAUUUGUUGUUGACGCAAAACUGGGAAUAAUUCUGACUAAUAGACAUGUCGUUGGACCAGGGCCCUUCAUCGGAUAUGCUGUGUUUGAUAACCAUGAAGAAUGCGAGGUCAAACCAAUCUACAGGGAUCCCGUGCACGACUUUGGAUUUCUCAGAUAUAACCCAGCAGAUAUAAAAUACAUGGAUGUUGGUGAAUUACAGUUAAGGCCAGAUCUUGCCAAGAUCGGAGCAGAAAUAAUGGUCAUAGGCAACGAUUCGGGUGAAAAACUUUCUAUACUCUCCGGCUUCAUCUCAAGACUCGACAGAAAUGCCCCAGACUAUGGAAUUAACUCAUACAACGACUUCAACACAGAAUAUUUGCAAGCAGCAGCUUCGGCUUCGGGAGGGUCCUCGGGUUCCCCCGUUGUCAAUAUAGAUGGCCAUGCGGUGGCUUUACAAGCAGGAGGUAAUACAGAAACCUCUACGGACUUUUUUCUGCCUGUGUAUCGAGUUCUUCGCGCUCUGAAAUGCAUUCAGAAUAACGAGCCUAUUACGAGAGGAAGUAUUCAAGUUCAAUGGCUAUUGGAACCGUUCGAUAAAUGUCGCCGGCUGGGACUUCGCGCAGAGACAGAAAAACUGAUGAGAGAAAAGUUUCCGAGUCUCAAUGGUCUUCUAGUCUCUGCUGUCACGUUACCUGAAGGCCCUGCUGAUGGGCUGAUAAGAGAAGGUGAUUGUUUGAUAUCGAUCAACGGAGAGUUGAUAUCCACAUUUAUCACUGUGGAUGAAAUUCUGGACACUCAUGUCGGUAAAGAGAUUGAGAUAGUCAUUCAGAGAGGAGGCAAAGAUUUAACUGUUCGCUGUACUGUUGGAGAUCUUCACUCAAUUACACCUAGACGGUACGUCACCGUUUGCGGUGCAACUUUCAAUGAUCUGAGUUACCAACUCGCUAGAAUUUAUGCAGUGGCAGUGAAAGGUGUUCACGUUAGCAAUGCCGCUGGCUCUUUUGUGUUUGGCAACAAUGUUCCUAAUGGAUGGCUCUUAGACUCGAUCGACGAUAAAGAUGUGUCUAAUCUCGACGAAUUCAUCGAGGUCAUGAAAUCAAUCCCGGACUCUGCUUUUGUGACCGUCAAGUGCCGCCAUCUUACGGACCUUCAUGUCCCAAUUAUCAAAAUCAUCCAAAUCGAUCGCCACUGGCACUCUAGUUUCCGUUUAGCAGAAAGAAACGACACGACUGGUCUUUGGGAUUUCACAACUCUGCAAGAGAAACCAUUACCACCACCGGCUCUGUCCCCGAAAAAUGCCAAGUUUGUGGGGCUUCCGAUCGAAUUUGAAGGUUGUAAGCAACUCGAUCGUUCUUUGGUGAUGUUAAAGAGCACCAUGCCUGUCCCGCUGGAUUCGUUCAGUGGACAAUCUCGCAAGUCGUACGCAGUUGUGAUUGAUGCUACCAACGGAUAUCUUCUUGCUUCGAGGUACUGUGUACCUCAUGACCUCUUGGAUGUUACUAUGACCGUUGCAGAAUCGAUCAUAGUGCCAGCUAAGGUUGUCUUCUUACACCCAACCAAGGGAUAUGCUAUUUUGAAAUACGAUCCCAAAUUAAUAUUGGCUCCUUUGCAAACUCCCCAGUUCGGCGAGAAGCCUUUGGGAAGAGGUGACAAAGUGGUGUUUAUUGGCCACAACAGAGCUCAGAGGGUGGUUGUUGACGAAACAAAAGUCAGUGACAUUGGAAUCAUACAUCUUCCGAAUAAUGUCACCUCCCCCAGAUUCAAGGCCUCCAAUUUCGAAGCCCUACUAAUUGACUCAAACUUAGGCCAGCAAUGUGGUUCUGGAGUUCUUUGUGACCCCAGUGGACUGGUCCGCGCGUUUUGGCUUGCCUUCGACGCGGACGAGGACAAGACCUAUUCUAUGGGGCUGGACGCUACAGAUGUGCUCUGGGAACUCGAAAACCUCAAAACCCAGCAGGUCCCGGAGCUCAAAUUCAUUGAUGCUGAAUUUGGUAACAUCCCUAUCGUUAAUGCUAGAAUCAGUGGUGUUCCGCAGGAAUGGAUCACAAAAAUUGAAGAAAAGUCUGCAGAUCAACCCAGACUGCUCAGCGUUCCCAAGGUAAGCAUUUCACUCGAUAACAAGCCCUCUUGUGGUCUCAGACACGGAGAUAUUGUGCUGAGUGCAAAUAAUCGAGUCAUCACACAAUUUCGUGAUAUUGACCAUGUUAUCAGAGACCUCGAAGAGAAUAAAAACGAAAUUGCGUUCAAAAUCGUCAGAAACAAGCAAAUCAUGGACAUCAAUGUUCCUUUGGUUUUGAGUAGCUCCUUUGUCACUAAGCACAUGGUCUACUGGGCCGGUGCUGUGUUACAGGAGCCUCAUCAUGGUGUAAGACAAGUGAUCAAACAACUACCUUCCAAAGUCUAUUGUACGGCCAUGGCGCCAGGAUCUCCCUCUAGAUUAUACACCAUUGGCGUCACGAAUUUCAUCACGCAUGUUAAUGAAAAGCCAACACCAACUUUGGACGAGUUCGUUAAGGUCGUGAAAGAAAUCAAAGACAAUUCAUAUUGCAAGUUAAGAAUCGUGUCUUUUGACAACGUCCCAUUUGCACAAACGCUCAAAGUCAACUACCACUACUUUGAGACUAUGGAGAUGAAAAACGAGGAGGGGUGGCAUGAAUACGGUGAGCUGGACUCCUCCUCUUUGCAUGCAUAG